ACGGACGUUGUCUUAGCCCAGCCCUUGACGGUCACAGCUGAUCACUUUGGAGACAUCGAUGUCACAUUCCUGUGUGACAGCAUCACCAGAACACUUAUCUGUGCCGGAGUUGACAAGUUGAGUGAAGCAGCACAGUCGACAGAAACAACUCCAGUCACAGUACCCGAUGUAACGACCACCAGUGUCGACACCUCCACGGUACCAACCGAGAAACCGUUCACCUCCAAUAGACCGACGUCCACGCCCAGCAGACCGAUGUCCACGCCCAGCAGACCCACUGCUACUGAAGACACGGACACUCCAACUGAUGCUACUCUAGGCCUUGCUAUCGGACUGUCUCUGCUUGCUGCCGUCUUACUUAUACUCGCUGUCGUCCUCAUUGUCCGCUAUCGUCAUGUAAUAGGAAAAUACAUCGUCACAACACGUGAUAGUGACUUCAAACAGACCGACGUCCAUGCCAAACAGACCGACGUCCACGCCCAACAGACCGACGCCCACGCCCAACAGACCGACGUCCACGCCCAACAGACCGACGUCCACGCCCAACAGACCGACGUCCACGCCCAACAGACCGACGCCCACGCCCAGCAGACCAACUGCCACUGAAGACAGAGACACUCCAACUGAUGCUACUCUAGGCCUUGGCGUCUUACUUGUAAUCGCUGUCAUCCUCGUUGUCCGCUAUCGUCAUGUAAUAGGAAAAUACAUCGUCACAACACGUGAAAAGGACCCUAAAUAUAUCAAAACCAAAUUUUUAAACUAUUACUUACUGUAAAAUGUUUGAAGUCAAAUAACUGAUUCGCGAAUUAUUUUUAGUACAGACAUUUCAACUUGCUGGCUGUACGAAGUGCUUGCCAGGUAAAGUUCUAAACAGUUCAGCAUCAUCAGUGGAUGAAUGAGUACAUAUGAUUUUAAGCAGCUUUUACCAAUAGUCCAGCCACAUCACGGCGGUGACAACAGAAGCAGGAUCACCACAAAAAUACGAAUCAGGCAUUAUUAUUUUACCAGGACAGUGUGUUUUCUUUUAAGCAACUUUCAUAAACUUCCCCCCAUUAAGAAGACGCAUAUGAUAAAAAUGUGCCAGUCAUGUGUGUUUUAAAUUGCCUGAAACAAAAUAUUGUUAUUGCAGACAUAUAUACCACUAAAGGAGUUCAUGUCAACAACAUGUUUAGGUACCUCACUGUAUUUUCCUUUUGUAUUUUUUCUGAUGAAAAGCCUUUUCGAACAUAUAUAUAUUUUGUGUAUACUCAGAAACAGAUAUGCAAUUAAACUUGUUGUGUGUUCAUUGUAGUUACUGCAAUCGAGUUGACUUGAUUGGUCAAUUUCUUCAGCAUUCAGUUCCAAUUGAAUGGAAAAUGAUAAUCCACGUAUAUGGAUAUGUACUACUUUCAUCGGCCUGGGGGGAGUGAAUAUGGUUUUACGCCGCUUUUAGCAAUAUUCCAGCAAUAUCACGGCGGGGGGCACUAGAAAUCGGCUUCACACAUUGUAUCCAUGUCGACACCUACCAAUGUUAAUCCUCUACUGUUAAUCUUCCACCUACUAUAGAAACUAAUGUCCAAAAAUAACGAUACUUACUUUUUAUAAUUCAUUUUGAGUUAUAAGUGAUAUACUUUAUAUGAAAACACAUUUAAACAUACCCUUCGUACCAAUCCAAAUGUGAUCGGUGGGAAAAAGCCGGAACAUUUGACAAUUUGUGUAAAAAACGUACACUUUGCAAAAACGAUGUCAUGUGCCGUAGCACGAAAUCCACGUGCAGAUCUACUGUUAAAUCUGUUGACCCGACACGUUAGGAAUACAACACCAAUACAAAUGCCUGCAUGC